UGAUUCACAUCAUCUUUACUUUUGAACAACCCAAUGCUCAGAAAACAAUCUAAGAAUCUUCACUGACUUUAGGGAUGUAAGAUACGGUUUCUUGACAGUAUCUGGGAUUGUGGAAAAAAGCAAUUGAGGAAAGGGUAUCUCCACAACGCAAUAUUGAAUUUAGUGCCCAACGUCCAUCACAGGAAUCCCUAACGACCCUACAAUCUCUCUCUCUCUCUUUUUUUUUUUUUUCUCUCUUUGCCCUGAAAAUAAACUGAGAAGUUAGUAUUGGGAUAACUAUUCCCCUUGACCCAAAUAAAAAGUCCUGGGCAAACACAGGUACAAACUGCCAAAAUGGAAAAAGUUCUUCUCCAUCUUCAGCUAGAGGGAGGCUGGAUCCCAGCUCUUUAGAAGCUAGCCCGUGGACGCCCUGAGAAUCCUCUGGAGACCAGGUCAGGGUCACCGAGCUUGCCCCGCAGGGCGCCGCCCAGGACGCGGCCCCGCCCCUCACCUUGCCAGCGCCGCGCUCGGGCCGCGAAGGUGCGUGCGGCGCUCGGUGAUUGGCGGCGGCCCGGAGCUGCCCGGCUGCCAUUGGCUGCCCGGCCCUCUUUGUUCCCGGGUCCCUGCCGCAGGCCGGCUGCGGCGGACUGGGCGGCGGAAGUUCGACGGCGUCGGGCGAGUGGCUGCUUAGCGGCGGCGCGGGAGUUCCGCAGGUUCCCCGUGUCCGCAGCGGAGCCGGAGGCCAGCUGAGCCCGGCCGUGGGAUCCCGGAUAGGAGAAGGAGGGGACCCAUAGGACGCAUAAACAUGGACCUGGAAAACAAAGUGAAGAAGAUGGGCUUAGGUCACGAGCAAGGAUUUGGAGCCCCUUGUUUAAAAUGCAAAGAAAAAUGUGAAGGAUUCGAACUGCACUUCUGGAGAAAAAUAUGUCGUAACUGCAAGUGUGGCCAAGAAGAGCAUGAUGUCCUCUUGAGCAAUGAAGAGGAUCGAAAAGUGGGAAAACUUUUUGAAGACACCAAGUAUACCACCCUGAUUGCAAAACUAAAGUCAGAUGGAAUUCCCAUGUAUAAACGCAAUGUUAUGAUACUGACCAAUCCAGUUGCUGCCAAGAAGAAUGUCUCCAUCAAUACAGUUACCUAUGAGUGGGCUCCUCCUGUCCAGAAUCAGGCAUUGGCCAGGCAGUACAUGCAGAUGCUACCCAAGGAAAAGCAGCCAGUAGCAGGCUCAGAGGGGGCGCAGUACCGGAAGAAGCAGCUGGCAAAGCAGCUCCCUGCACAUGACCAAGACCCUUCAAAGUGCCAUGAGUUGUCUCCCAGAGAGGUGAAGGAGAUGGAGCAGUUUGUGAAGAAAUACAAGAGCGAAGCUCUGGGAGUAGGAGAUGUCAAACUUCCCUGUGAGAUGGAUGCCCAAGGUCCCAAACAAAUGAACAUUCCUGGAGGGGAUAGAAGCACCCCAGCAGCAGUGGGGGCCAUGGAGGACAAAUCUGCUGAGCACAAAAGAACUCAAUAUUCCUGCUAUUGCUGCAAACUGAGUAUGAAAGAAGGCGACCCAGCCAUCUAUGCCGAAAGGGCUGGCUAUGAUAAACUGUGGCACCCAGCUUGUUUUGUGUGCAGCACCUGCCAUGAACUCCUGGUUGACAUGAUUUAUUUUUGGAAGAAUGAGAAGCUGUACUGUGGCAGACAUUACUGUGACAGCGAGAAACCCCGAUGUGCUGGCUGUGACGAGCUGAUAUUCAGCAAUGAGUAUACCCAGGCAGAGAACCAGAAUUGGCACCUGAAACACUUCUGCUGCUUUGACUGUGAUAGCAUUCUAGCUGGGGAGAUAUACGUGAUGGUCAAUGACAAGCCCGUGUGCAAGCCCUGCUAUGUGAAGAAUCACGCUGUGGUGUGUCAAGGAUGUCACAAUGCCAUCGACCCAGAAGUGCAGCGGGUGACCUAUAACAAUUUCAGCUGGCAUGCAUCCACAGAGUGCUUUCUGUGCUCCUGCUGCAGCAAAUGCCUCAUUGGGCAGAAGUUCAUGCCAGUAGAAGGGAUGGUUUUCUGUUCAGUGGAAUGUAAGAAGAGGAUGUCUUAGGAGGAGGGCACCCAGAAGUAUCAAGCCAUAGCUAUCCAAAGUGGUCUGCAUUUCUACUGUAAAAUGCAAUUUGAAAAAAAUAAAACGCAAAAAAAAGAAACUGUAAAGGAAACCAAGAGAUUUUGUUUAAUUUUUUUGGCCAUUUUUUCUUCAUCCAUUUUUUUUCUGUCUCAACUUUUAAACUUGGUUUAAGCGUUUGAUUUGUAAAACAGUAAAUAAUUGUAUCUUUCCAUAGCUUUUCAAAUGUGAAAUCAUUCAGUUGGAAGCUUGGAUCUCAUUAAACUUCAUGUCUCUAUUCCAUUUGUGCCAAACACUUAAAAGUUAGUGUACUGAAUGGAAAGAUGAGCAUUUCUAGUUCUACACUCCUUUUUUCCCCCCGAUGUGUAAAAUGAAAAGGAAACUAAAUUUGCCCUAAUACCAAGGCGCUACGUUUAUUGCCUUGUCUUAUUCACUGACCUUUGUAAUGAUACACAGUGAAUUCUUUUUGACAAAGAGAAAUGCAGUGUAGUAUGCAGAGCUGCUGUUUUAAUGCCUAUGCAUUUACUCUUUCCUGAUUUAGGCAGAGGUGGCAUUUUCUUUAUUGCAUUUCUCUAUUUUUUUUAAUGUACCCUACCUUCAGUAUUCUCUUUGUAAGUUGGUGACUUCCAUCUGUGGCCUUGAAUAUUUUAUUAUCACAUGUGGCAUAACAGUAUCCACACUUUUUAGUUCUUUUUUUUUUUUUUUAUUUUGACCAAUUCUGCCUCAGCCUCCCAAAUAGCUGGGAUUACAGGUCCAUGCCACCACGCCCAGCUAAUUUUUGCAUUUUUAGUAGAGACAGGUUUUCACCAUGUUAGCCAGGCUGGUCUCAAACUCCUGACCUCAGAUGAUCCGCCUGCCUUGGCCUCCCAAAGUGCCGGGAUUACAGGCGUGGGAGCCACCAUGCCUGACCUACACACUUUUUACUUGUAUAGAUGAUUUUUGGCUUGGACGUAAAAGCCAAGCCGCCCAUUUGCUUUUAAUCCAAAGAACAUGUAUAGUUUUUGUACCCAAAGACUAUGAUUUAUAUUGAUUGCACUUGCCUGCCAUGAUUUAGAUAAGAUUUUUUUUUUGCAUGGUUUUUAUUCUUUUCUAAUGGAUCCUGUUUUAUAAUACUUCCAAGCCUAUCCAUGGGUAUAGCAAAUGUCUUCACUUGUAUAUUUUCAUGGCUAGGUAUUUCUAAUGUUUAUUUUUCCCUGUGUACUUCUGCACAUAGCUAUGCACUAUGAAAAUUAAAUGGAAUGAAUGAUAUGUAUAUUACUCAAAAUAAAGUUUCUUUCACUUUAA